AGACUCAUUAAUGAUUCACUUUUCUCCAGACCAACAGUCUGUGGUGAAAGACAAAUGGAGGCCAGCGUUGUUUGGAGCAGUCAGUGCUUUGAUUUUCUUCACAACCUUUGAGUGCACACUGUCCAGCGUGUCUUUGCGGUAGUACUUCUCACUUUUAAGGCUUUAUAUUGGUUCUGCUACAGCCAAUAACUGCUACAAGCUCACAUCUGAAACAACCGUAAAGGGCUUGUUGUCUGUGGCAAUGAUUUCUUUUCUAAAGUGUCCGUUUGUUUUGACCCAGGAUCCGAUUUUUGCCAUUUUCUUUGAGCAUCUGUGUCAUAGUAGGCUGGAGGAGUCAGCUCUUGCUGCAUCUUUUUUCUUCUGUGCCUCUUUAUAAGCAGGGAGGCAGGGACACUUCAGCAAAUCCUCGAGGGAUUAUAAAUCCUUGAUGACCUUUGCAGCCUGAGGGAACUUUUACCCAAAGGUCCUGGGAUUGUAUGCAGCUCCGACACUUAAGCAUGUGGCCCAUGGAUGCCACAAUCCAGUUACUUCAAAGGAUUUUUUCUCACAUGGCAUUUUAACAAAGGAACAAAGUAUCAAAAGUAUCCAAAAAACCUUUGGAUCACACGGUCUUUAUUUCAAGGAUAAUCAUAAAUGUGUGGGCCUGCACAGGGAUGUUUUCUUUAAAAGCCUCCUUGGCUGUCUGUGUCCCUUUUUCCCGAAACCAUAAGUAACCUGACAAGAGAGACUCUCAUGAGCAACUCUGCAGGAGGCCCGAUAACGUCGACAUGAGUAGUACUUUAGGCAAAGAAAAAGAUUCAAAAGAAAAGGACCCAAAAGGUGGUCCAGCGGGGAAAGAAAGGGAAAAGGAGGCCAAGGCUCUGGCCAGCUUAGUCAAGGAUGGUGGCAAAGAAACGAAGACCAAAGGGAAAGAUGCCAAAGAAGGAAAGAAGGACACUAGCAGCUCAACACCGGGUGUUGCCUUCUCUGUUGACAAUACGAUAAAGCGGCCAAACCCGGCACCAGGUACGCGCAAGAAGUCCAGCAAUGCCGAGGUGAUCAAAGAGCUUAACAAGUGCCGGGAGGAGAACUCAAUGAGACUGGACCUAUCUAAACGGUCCAUUCACAUGCUGCCCACUUCAAUUAAGGAGUUGACGCAGCUGGCUGAACUCUACUUAUACAGCAACAAGCUGCAGAGCCUGCCGGCCGAGGUGGGUUGCCUAUCAGGCCUGGUCACUUUGGCCCUGAGUGAGAACUCCCUGACCAGCUUGCCUGACUCCCUGGACUCCCUUAAGAAGCUUCGAAUGCUCGACCUCCGGCACAACAAGCUGCGAGAGAUACCGGCUGUUGUUUACCGGCUGACAUCUCUCACCACGCUGUACCUGCGCUUCAACCGCAUCACAACGGUGGAGAAGGACAUCCGAAACCUUUCCAAGCUCACAAUGCUCAGCAUCCGGGAGAACAAGAUUAAGCAGCUGCCUGCAGAGAUAGGGGAGCUUUGCAACCUCAUCACUCUGGAUGUCGCCCAUAAUCAGUUGGAACACCUACCGAAGGAAAUUGGGAAUUGCACACAGAUAACCAACCUCGACUUGCAGCACAAUGAGCUCUUGGACCUCCCGGAGACUAUAGGCAAUCUGGCCAGCAUAAAUCGCUUAGGUCUGAGAUACAAUAGAUUGUCAGCCAUCCCCAGAUCAUUAGCCAAAUGUCGAGAACUGGAGGAGCUAAACCUUGAAAACAACAACAUUUCAGUGUUGCCAGAGGGCCUCCUGUCAAGUUUGGUCAACCUGACCAGUCUGACACUGGCGAGGAACUGCUUCCAGUCGUACCCUGUGGGCGGACCAUCCCAGUUCUCUACCAUCUACUCCCUCAACAUGGAGCACAACCGCAUCAACAAGAUCCCCUUUGGUAUCUUCUCCCGGGCCAAAGUGUUAAGCAAGCUUAACAUGAAGGACAACCAGUUAACUUCUCUGCCAUUGGACUUCGGCACAUGGACUAGCAUGGUCGAGCUUAACCUAGCCACCAAUCAGCUGACUAAGAUCCCAGAGGACGUCUGUGGUCUAGUUUCUCUCGAGGUGUUAAUAUUGUCCAAUAAUCUUCUCAAGAAGUUACCACACGGUAUUGGGAAUUUGAGAAAGCUACGGGAGCUUGACUUGGAGGAAAACAAGUUGGAAUCUCUACCUAAUGAAAUUGCUUAUCUUAAAGAUUUACAGAAAUUGGUGCUGACAAAUAAUCAGCUGACUACGUUACCCAGAGGCAUCGGCCACCUCACCAACCUCACUCAUUUGGGUUUGGGGGAGAACCUGCUGCAACACCUUCCUGAGGAGAUUGGUACACUGGAGAACCUGGAGGAACUGUACCUCAACGACAACCCCAACCUGCACAGCCUCCCGUUCGAGCUGGCCCUCUGCAGCAAGCUGUCCAUCAUGAGCAUUGAGAACUGUCCCCUCAGCCACCUGCCGCCCCAGAUCGUCGCGGGAGGCCCCUCCUUCAUCAUCCAGUUCCUCAAGAUGCAGGGACCGUACCGUGCCAUGGUCUGAGCCAAGAGCAGCUCAAAUCCCAGUCCUACUUUUACUCCAAACCCUCCAACUUGCUCUGCACCCUCUCUCGCCUGCCCCCCCCCCCCUCCCCCCCCCCCCCCAUUAUGUGUAUCAUACACUGUAAGGAAAACGGACUCGCCACAAUCAGUGUCGGUGGAGGGGGGGAGUGGGGGUGGGGAGGGGGAAUAAGAGGAGGAGGAGGAGGGAAGAAAAGGAAAAUGUUUCUUUCACCAUCCCCGGGCAGAAACAAGGUGAAUCUUUGGAGACUUGACUGGUGUGUUACUCCAGAGUUUAUUACGGUCAUUUUAGGACCCCAGCCUCUCCCCCAACCCCCCCACCAAACCCCCCCCACCCUGCUCAUCUUUCAUUCCGAAUCAUAUAAGAGGAAAAUAUUUCCAUCUCUUUGCCAAAACUGAAGAUAUAUAAAGUUCUAUAUAUUGAGUAACUGUGAGCUAAGUGGCAAGUCUUUUAACCAUAUAAACCAUGCUCCCAUUGCCAAUGUAUUUACAGUAAUUACAAGCAUCUAUUAUGUGAGCAAGGAUACAAUUGUAUGCAAAAACAAACAAAAAAAGUCUUUGGAACUUCACAUUUACUGCUGCUGCCGUAAUUUAACUUUGUCAUCUUGUUAUAUUUUCUUUUGAUAUUCCCUUUUUUUUUUUUUUUUUUUACAUCAUCUUCACUCGAGAUAACUUGUGUUAAUUGCUUCUUGACCACAGAGAACAAAGGUCUCAAGAUGGCAUGUUUGUAAUUUCUUUUUUUUGUACAUUUUUUUUUCUUUUUUAUGUUUUUUUUUUUUUAAACUGUGCCUAUGUUUAGAGUGAUCCGGUGGUUCAUUUCUAAACACAAUUGUCCACGAGAAUACAAAGAUAUAAUUUAUUUCAAUAAUACUUUUUUUUUAUUACUGCUGUUUUAAAUUUUUUUUUUCUUUUUUUUGUAGUGUACUUUUUGAAUUAAUCUGUUUUAAACAAGCGAUAUCAGUUAUAAAAUGAUUGGAGAUUUUUUUUUUUUUUUUUUAACAAAUAGCAGCAGUUGUCAAACAUAAAGCUAGUAAUGUAUACAUAUGAGAAAUGCCAAUCAUACAUGCUUGAAAAAAAAAAAAAAAGCAAGUUGGACUUUUCUCCAAAACGGGCGGUGCUGUGACCCCCCCCCACCUCCCCACCCCCCCACACUGUCUAUACUGCUUUUGUGUGACAAAAAGGUAUUGAAAAAAACGUCAAAGAUACAUAGGUGAUGGGAUAAAUGAUAGGAGAUGUUUUUAUAUAUGUACACAAAUCCUGGUUGUUGCCUUGAGUGCAAUUUUUUUUAGUUAUGUUUACUUGUUUGAUAUUAUCUUCAGUGUUGGGCUGCAUAGCUGUCAUCCAGUCGAUCAUUGACCAACAUAUCAAGCGUUUUUAAAAGACUUAUCUGGGUCUGUGGAGCGAGCGGUGAGUGUAUCAGAGCUACAAAAAAGGUUUGAUAAUAAAACAUUGACAGGUAACCCCUUCUUGACACUUCCUUUUUUUUUUUUUUUGUUAAUAUCCUUAAUUUCUCUGUAGUUGUUUUUUGACAGGGUCUCCUAAGAAUCUUAAUCACAUGAUGGAAAAUGUUCCCUUGAUUUUUAGAUUUGUAAUUUAAUUCUUUUUUUUUUUAAAUAUCUUCUUUUGUCCCACACUGUCCCAGCUAUGCUGCUGCUCUUAUGCACUUUUUUAAAAAAAAAAAGACAUUGGCAUCCUCUAUAUUAAGAAAACAAACAAACAAACAAACACAGUAGCCUCUCAUUGGUUAUUUUGAAUGGGGGCAUUUUGUUUCAUAAAGAAGUAUUUUAUCUGUUAAACAAACCGUUUAUCAUGUAAAUUUGUAUCAAUGAAAUAUAAAUGUAGAGUUUCGCAGGCUCAGAAAAGAAACUUUCUCUGAGGAAGUUUUAUCCUGUCAAUCUUAAAAAGGAACUGUAAAAGGGUCUGUGUGGCUAUGAGAUGUUUUGAGAUUCCCAUAUCCUGCUUUCUCCAUCGCGAAGUGAAAUGGCUUCUUGCAGUUCAGAUCAGCGUUGUUUAUUUGAAAUCAUUAAAUCACUGAGUGUUUUUUUUUUCCUCUAAA